AUGAAACCACCCCUUGCGGUGUUUGAGCAUAUGGGCCUAGUUGUCAAAUGGGGUGUUCUUGUUAACAUCCACGAGGCUCAGUCGACCUAUGCUGUUUAUCACCUAUUGAAUGGGCGGGUGCCAGUUCCCGAAAUCUUCGGAUGGCGCACAGACGGAGACGAGAAGUUCAUCUACAUGCAGUAUGUACAGGGCCAGACUCUGGAGGAGACUUGGGACUCGCUACAACUUACCGACCGCGAUACCAUCGCUCGAGAGCUUCGUAUAAUAUGUGACAACCUCCGCCAGCUUGAGCAAGACCCUUCCGACAAGUUCAUAGGUCUGCGCCGGCCUAAUACCUUCCGUGUUUCUAUCAUCUGCAUUUCUGACUUCCCCCUAGGCAACGUUAUGCGAAAAUCUAUCUACGAUAGAGUAUUCGCUUCGCAUACGCAUGAGGCGGGGCCGUUCACUACAGUCCGUGAGUUUCACGACUGGUUCAUAUUUCUUUGUCGCAAACCGAUGCGCGAUCCACACUCUAUUCCAAUCGAGCCCUUUCGGUAUGACCUACCCGAUGACAGCGCUAUCAAGUUUACCCAAGGUGAUCUCCACCGCAGCAAUAUUAUCAUUUCAUUAUGCGAACCAUAUCGUGUCCUGGCUAUCGUUGAUUGGGAACAGUCUGGUUGGCUACCUGAAUACUGGGAGGCCCGCAAAAUGGAGUGGACUGUCAGUGACAAGGAGUGGCCAAAAUACCUACCAUUGAUUUUAGAUCAGUACAAGAGUACCGUGGAAGCAUGGUGGUGGUAUGUGGCUUCUCUGGGGUGUUAA